ACCUGCCGAUCGAGUGAUCAUGCGACCUCACCAGAGUUUCCACACUCAUGCACCAGCAUGGCUGAAUCCUCCAGUUCCCCCUCUUCCCGAAACACAAGUCCUUGCAGCGAACCGGAAGGCUUCUCGCUUUCCGCCUCUCCACCACUUAUACUGGCGUUCCUCGCUGUCGGCAUUUUCGGUUUCGCCAUGGCCUCUUUCUUUCUCUGGAAACGCUGGACUGAGCGGCGCAAUGUGCCAACAACAACGAACUUGGAGGACAUCCGUCCAGUAGAGCCACCAAAAAUAUGGGACCUUUGGUGCUCAUUCGACACCCAAACGAAGGAGUGGGCCUCUAUCCAGCCCCUUGCCGCCACCAUUUGGGACCGAACCCCGUCCCCGUCUUCCGCCUCUUCUGCCCGUGUACGCGAAGAACAAGCCUCUGUGUCAACUGGGAUGGUCGAAACUCUGCGUCACCGAUUCCGUCGCCCUCAGCAAUCAACAACACUGGCAUCGGAGGAGCCUCCAAAGAUUCUAACUGAAUCUUCUUCAAAUUUUCGUCUCCAAAUAGCCGUGGCUAUUGUCAUGCCCGAACUGGACUCGUUGUCCACCAAAGCGGACAAACUCUCGGGGGUCGAGUAUGCGAUCGGCUUGUUCGAAACUCCAUGGCACAAGUAG